UCUCACUUCCCUGAUGUGUAACAGUAAAAGUUAUGCUAUAAACAAGAGAUUGAGUAGUGCAGGAGAAAUCUGAAAGAGAUCCCCAGUAUUUUGACAAUGGCGACCAAGGCUGUCGUUCUAAUGUUCAUCUAUGGACAACUGUGGUGGAACCAAACUACUGGAAAGACAGAAGGGCCUGCAGGCUUGUUGCUCGAUGCUGAACCCCACAGCUUUCCAUCUCAAGGAAGUCAAUCAAAAGUCCCUACCAAAAAUGAACAGCAAACACCAUCCAGCAAGCCCCUGCUUCCUACCACAACAAAAGAACCUAAACUUGCAGAUGAACAUUUAAUAGUCGCCGUGAUUAUUGGGGUCGUCUUGCUGCUCAUGAUUGUUAUUAUCGUUGCCAUCUUCCUUUGGAGGCAACGGAAAAGGUCAAAUGUACCUCUACCCCACUGGGCAGGACGCUCCCCGUUUGCUGAUGGAGACGUGCCCGAACUUAUUGUAGAUAAGGAACCGGUACAAGGCAUAAAACGGAUGUCCGUUCUCUCUCUUUUGCCAUGGAAAUUUAGCAAGGACACACAACUGCUGGACAAUGCAGAAGGACAACUGUCUGAAUCAAGGAAGACCUUGGACGUUCCACAGGGAUCUGGUGAGGCAGGUACAGAGAGCGAGUCAAGCCACACUGCCACGGCAACCUUGGAUUCUUCAGACAGCAGCCAACCCCAAAUUUCCGAGGAACCAAACAACUUAACUGACAUUUCCCUCCAGCCUGAGAGUCCAAAGCUACAAGAUCCUCCUUCGACCAGCUGGCCCAGUGGAGUCAAUGGGGAUAUUUUUAUCCCUGAAUCUCUUCCUAUGGAACAACAUGUAGAAAUCCAGGGUUCUACACUGCCAGAUAUGGCCCAACAAAGUGUUGAUGAAGCAGUGCUACUUCCUCCACCGCCAGAAGAUUUUUUGUGUCAUUGAUUUUUAUAGAUGUUGGCGCAAGUAAUUGCUUCCUUCUGGGUUUAUUUUUUUAAAAUAUGCUGAAAAAAAUGGAAUACAUCCAUUUACCUUCAUCUUUUCAUGCAGGUAGUACUCGACUUAUGACCACAAUUGGCACAAUUUCUCUUGCUAAACAAGGUGGUUGUUAAAUGAGUCAUGCCCAAUUUUAUGACCUUUUUUGCCACCAUUAUUAACCAAAUUUAUCCAUUUAUCUAACCAUAUUUAUUUAACCAUGUGUCUGAAAUAGUAUAGGGUCUUCCUGUCAGAGCAGGGGGUUGGAUUAGAAGGCCUCCAAGGUUCCUUCCAACUCUGUUAUUCUAUGUUCUGAAUCAUCACAGUUAACUGAUUCACAUGAUCAUUAAGUUAAUUCAGCUUCUCCCAUUGCUUUUGCUUGUCAGAAACCAUCUGGGAACAUCCAAAAUAGUGAUCACAUGACCCUGGGACACCACAACUAUUGUACAUACCAUACAUGCCAGUUCCCAAGUGCUGGAAUUUUGAUCGUGGGACUGUGGGGAAUGCUGCGACUGUCAUAAGUGUGAGGACUGGUUGUAAAUCACUUUUUUCAGUGCUGUUAUAACUUCAAACGGUCAAUAAAUGAAUGAUGGUAAGUUGAGGAAUACAUGUACUUCCAAAGAUGCUUUCAGGAAGAUUCAUUCCUCAGCCAAACAUUCUCUCGGUCUCUGAUAUUCCAGAGUGAGCUUUGGUUGCAAAGACAGAUUUCAAGAUCAUCUACCCCAUGGAUUUGUUCCUCCUAAAUUCUUAUGCUUGGAAAAAACUCAUUUUUUUAUGAGGGUUUUUUUUUAAAGCCUUUAUCACCCUGGAAUCCUUUUAAUCUGGUGUGAACUUUUUCUAAUCAAAAAACCUGCACUUAACGUGACCAUUUAGUGCUUUUAAGUAAUCACUCAGCAAUGUAGAAGUUUGACAUUGGUGCCCGCACUUUGAAGUUGACCCUUUUGAGAAAUUUUCUCUUUUGAAAUUACAGCACCACUUCUGGCUUAAACAGUCAUUUUGAAUUUCAUAAUUCUUUUCCUUCCCUUAAUUAUUACCCUUAGAUGUUUGGCUGUGUCCUGUGUAUCCACAAAGUUAUCAAGAAUUUAUUCUCUCCUAGUUUCCAUUUUGCUUGAAAGCCUAUUUAUAUCUUAUCUAAAAAGCUGUGCCCCCCCACUCCUUUUUUUUUGGCCCAAAAAAGCACCUGGCCACAAACUGAGCUAUUCUCAGUUUCCAAAUGCCUAUAUGUUGGCCUAUUGCGAUACAUGGUAUUCUAUUACACACAUUAGGUGGCAAUGAUAAGAAUAUAUAUUAGCUGCAGCUUUAGUGUGUGAUGGGCUUACAGGUUGCAGAAAACUAUGUAUUUGUGCAAUUGCAUUUCGAUUCAUACAUAGAGAAGCAUGCCAAUUAUUCUAAGUUAUUAAUGAGAAGGGAUCAGAUUAUUAACUUUCAAGAGAUCAGGAUUUAUUUCACUACUAAAAAGAGCCACCACUUUAUUCUCUCACAAGGACAAUAAUUUCUACAUGCACUUCAGGAAAGAUUUUAGCCCAGUUGUCACAAAGCAUUAGAAACUUUAAAGCCAGCUUUCCUCAAGUUGGCUGGCAAAUUGUAGGAGCGGUCAUCCCAAAAUAUUUGAAGGAUAUCAAAUUGGAGAAGACUGGAUGCUAUAAAUUAAGAACCAUAAAGAGAUUUUCCCUUAAUGUUGUUCAACAAAUGUUUGCAAUUAUUUUGUUAAGCUAGCCUGGGAAGUAUUUUGUUUGGGAGAAUUUUUACUAAAGGAAUGCUACAGGUGAUCAGAAGCAAAAUUUGGGAAGUCUGGUCUUUAGCCAGGCAGGAGAUACAGAGACCAAAUUGUUGUCUUCAGUAGGUCACUGAGAAAUGUAUGAAUGACACAGGAAAGAAGAUGGUAUGUUUCUUGCUACAGACAAAGUGCACAAUAAAAUGAAUAAGCCUGGAUGAUUAAAUGUUUUAUGGAGACACAAAGUUGAAAGUUGAUGGCUGAAUGAGAUAAGAGGGGAAUAUGAUGGAAGGAAACCCAGUGUGAGAAUAAAUAGCAUAUUUGGUUCAACAUUGAGCAGAAGGUAAGAGACAAAACUGAUAUUCCAUUGCUUCUUUAAUAUAGUUAUCAAGAAUGUUUUUUGUGACAUUAGAAAUAUAUUGGGCAGGAAAAUGAAAACACAGUACAGCUAAUCCUGUGUUCUUGGAACAGUUGAUAGUAACAUUUAAAACAGCAAUGAAUAGACGAAUCUGUUUACUUAAGACAGGAAAAUGGAUGGAGAAAUAUUAAGACAUGCAAAUACUGGUAAAAAGAUACAGGCAGUCCUCGACUUAUGACCACAGUUGAGCCCAACAUUUCUGUUGCUCAGUGCUAAGACAUUUAAGUGAGUUUUGCUACAUUUUACAACCUUUCUCACCACAGUUGUUAAGUGAAUCACUGCAGUUAAGUUAAUAACACAGUUGUUAAAAUGAAUCUGGCUUCCCCAUUGACUUUGCUUGCCAGAAAUUACAAAAAGUCAUCACAAGACCCUGGGAGUCUGCAACGGUCAUAAAUAUGAGUCAGUUGUCAAGCAUCUGAAUUUUGAUCAUGUGACCCUGGAGAUGUUGUAACGUUCGUAAAUGUGAAAAACAGUCAUAAGUUAUUUUUUUUCCAGUGCUGUUACGGUCAGAACACGAACUGCUGUAAGUUGAGGAUUACCUGUAGUUGUAAGCAAUGAGUAACAAGAAAUUAAAAUGCCUUGUUUAGGAGCAUGUUUUUGGCCAUUCUGCUAUGGUUAGGCCAAGAGAAACAAACAUUUUUGCAAUGGAAAUGGGACUCUUAAGUGCACACAAGGACAAGAAGUGAUAAUGUCUAGAAUAAGUAUGGACCAACUAUGACAGUGAGGAAGUAACACACUGGGGUGGUUUGGAAAAAGAAUAAACGAGGAUUCAAUCACAAAAUAGAUGCAUGAAGGAAGAGUAAAUAGGCUGAGAGAACACGAGAAAGUAGCAAUUGGGUAGCAUUAAGAAAGUCCUGAUUUUUCCUCUC